AUGUCUUCCCGUGUCGCAGAGAGCAUGUCAUCGUCCAACAGCGGCGAUAAGGCAUCAUUGAUGUCCCUUUCCCCCGUGGAGAAGGCCAAGCGUCUCGCUUCCCACCGUGCUGUCGAUGAGCACUUCCCCGAGAAUGCCAAGGUUGUUGGUAUUGGAUCCGGAUCAACAGUCGUCUAUGCCGUUGAGCGUAUCUUGCAACGCAAGGAUCUGAAAGACAUCAUCUUCAUCCCUACUGGAUUCCAAUCCAAGGAGUUGAUCGUCAAUGGUGGUCUUCGUCUUGGUGAGAUUUCUGGAUACCCUGUGCUGGAUGUUGCAUUCGAUGGUGCCGAUGAGGUCGACUCUGCCUUGAACUGUAUCAAGGGUGGAGGUGCUUGUUUGUUCCAAGAAAAGCUCGUCGCAUCAUGUGCGAAGAAGUUCAUUCUCGUUGCUGACUACCGCAAGAACUCGUCCAUUCUCGGUAAGGAAUGGACUCAGGGUGUCCCUAUCGAGGUUGUCCCUCUCGCUCAUGCGUCCGUUCUUCGCAUCCUCUCCAACAUGGGUGCCCUGGACCCUCAACUGAGAAUGGGCGGUAAGGCUAAGGCUGGACCCAUCAUCACUGACAACGGAAACUUCAUCAUUGAUGCUCAUUUCGGUCAGAUCCCUGUCGAGCUCGUAAGACAGCUUGCUGCGGAAAUUAAGGCUAUCAUCGGUGUUGUUGAGGUGGGUCUCUUCGUGGAUAUGGCUGAUGCUGCCUAUUUCGGUAACGACGACGGUUCCGUCUCUGUACGGGGCAAGUCUGAUGGGAAGGACAAGAACGACAUUGGCAAAGCCGAGUGA